AUGCAUUCCUUCCCAUCUGUAAUCGUAGUUAGUGCGGGAGGCCUACCCUGCGCGUUGCGUCAGUACGCGAGCGGAUCGGUGUGCGUGUGCAAUGUGACGUACUGUGAUACGCUGGAAUUUACCGAACCGACCGACCUCGGGAGCUUUGUGCUCGUGUCUAGCAGUAGUGCCGGGUUACGCUUUGCUCAGACAGAGGGUAACUUCACCCGAAGCGUUAAACAGCGACAGACGUUUCGAGCGGAGACAGACGUUACGAUCACACUCGAACCUCGGAAGCGCUUCCAAACGGUGGAAGGUUUCGGUGGUGCCUUUACCGGUGCGGUUUCGUACAAUCUGGAACGCUUAAAUGCUGAGCUGCGCGAAAGUCUCUACAAAGCGUACUACUCCAAAACGCAAGGAAUUGGAUAUCGUUUUAUGCGCGUACCAAUCGGUGGCUGUGAUUUUGACCUUGAACCGUGGGCAUACAACGAACUGCCGAUUAAUGAUGCGUACCUGUCGAACUUUACCCUGCUGGACGAGCGAGAUUUGGUGAAGGUAACACAGAUCAAGCGCUUGAUGGAGGUGACCGGUAACAGGGACAUUCGUUUGGUCGGUGCUGCUUGGAGUCCACCGCCGUGGAUGAAAUCGAACAACGGAUGGACCGGUGCAAGUCGUCUCAAGCCGGAGUACUAUCAAACAUGGGCCGACUACCACGUGCGCUAUCUGGAGCUGAUGCGUGCCGCUGGACUAAACUUUUGGGCCAUUUCGACCGGAAACGAACCGCUGAACGGUGUGAUCGGAUUUCUUUUCAUACACUUUAUGAGCCUUGGCUGGACGGCACAGGAUCAGGGCCGAUGGGUAGGACAACAUCUAGGGCCAGCGCUAAAAAACUCACCCGUCAGCGAUGUGAAGCUGUUCGGGUGUGAUGACCAACGGUACACCUUUCCUUGGUGGUUUAUGAUGAUGGAUCAGGGACAUCCGAACGCUACGAGCUAUUUGGACGGGUUGGCUGUACAUUGGUACUGGGACGGUGUAGCACCGGCGACACUGCUAGAUCAGGCAGCGGCACGCUAUCCAGACAAGUUGAUCUUCAACACCGAGGCAUCGCUGGGUGAUAAACCGCUCCAGCAACAUCGUCCCAUCCUAGGGUCUUGGGAACGGGCCGAAUCGUACAUACUGUACGUGAUGCAAGACUUACAGCACAGUGUGCACGGAUGGAUCGAUUGGAACCUGGUGCUGGAUGAACGUGGUGGUCCAAACUAUGCGAACAACUUCGUUGAGAGCGCCGUCAUUGUGAAUUCGACUUCCCAGGAGGAAGCUUACAAGCAGCCAAUAUUCUACGGCUUAGGACACUUCUCCCGUUUUAUUCUGCCCGGCUCGGUACGGCUGGAUGUGGGAUCAUCGAGCAGAGAUGUGUCGGUCGUGGCGUUCGAACGGCCGGACAAGAGAACCGUGUUGGUGUUCUACAACAAAGCAAACUGGAAACUGACUGUCCGGAUAGAGGACAAACGGUACGGUAGUGUGCGUGUUCGUCUGCCGGCUAAAUCGGUACAUACCUUGCUUUAUCUAUAA